AUGAAAAGUCUGAUAAGCUUUAUCGCUUUAAUAUGACUUGCUUUAGCUGACCCUACAAUGAGUUCGAAGAAUGGAUUCUUAGAUCCUGGCAGAAUUACCUGGUGGCAAGACAAGUGGGCUCCUAAUCCAAUUGAGCUCACUCAAACUAACUCUGGUAAUAGCAAUGUUUAUGUGAUUGUCCAUUUUAGACCUUUUACAUCUGUAAAUUCUGAUGGGAACUCUGGGAUUUUACAAUUAAUAGUCCCAUCAAGCUUCUCAAGCACUGGAACUUAUACUUCAAGCUCAAUGACAAUAACAGGUGGCACAGAUAUGACAGCACAAUUCCAGUUAUCAACUUCUCUACCCUCUGCAGGAGUUUAUGGACCUUUCCAGCUGAUCACUAGAUCUUCAUCAACUGGGCAAAUCUAUGACACAAACUACGUAUUCGGUUGUGUCGCAGUAUCUGCCUCUGUCUCAAGCUCAUCUUCUCUGACAAUAUCUGCUGCUACACUAACUUCAACAACUGGUAUUGUCGGCUCAAAAGAUGCCCUCAUUUUCUCUUUUUCAAUUCCUGCUGGUACUAAUCUUUGGAAGCAUGAUAUUUUUGAAAUUGUCCCUGAUAGCCAUUGGACUGUCUCUACAAGCCCUACUUGUGCAUCAGUAGACAUUUCUACAGUGACUAACAGCAUCAAAGGCCCUAAAGGUGACAAUUCUUUGCCUUGUGCUGUUGCAGCUUCCGGAGGCGCUAACGGAGGAUUUAGCACAGCAGCAUCGACAGCUACCCCUGCUACAAAUAGUGUUUAUAUAUAUGGACUGUCUCAAGAUGUGAUUAUUAAUUCAAGCUAUCAGAUCAAGCUUCAAGUUUCCAGCUUCACUUUUCCAUCAUCAGCAGUGUCAUCAUCAAGCUACUCCUGGACACUAAAAUUAUGGAGAUGGGGAACAACUAAUUUGCUUGCUCAAUACACUGGAAGUGGGCCUCUUACCCCAGCUACAGGCUCAAUCACAGUAACUUCAUGGGCUCCUUAUAACUCCAAUGUUGCUUCUACAGAUAUCCCAAGCACCAAUUCUAACAACUUUUCAAUCUUCACCAAGCUUACUUUUCAAAUAGCCCAUCCAAUUUCAUCAGGAACAAUUGCUAUUACUUUUUCUAAUGCAGAUAUAUCAACCUCAAAUUGGUUUCAAGAGCCUAAAACUAAUUCAGGAACAGCUGGAAAGUGCUUUUUGAACAAUUAUGUAUCUGGAGUUACUUGUAGCGUAUCCUCUUCGACUGCUACCAUAUCAAUUAGUGGAGCUACUUUGGCAGCUUCUUCAUCAAUUUCAAUUACACUUUUAACUGCACUAAGUUCAGGCGCAAAAGUCAGUUCAAUAAUUAGCAAUGACGGCACUGCAAAUAUUGAUACAUUGGCUACUGGAUUUUCUUGGACUUUUAGCUCUGCUUCUUCUUAUGCAUCAAUGACCAGUUUCAAAUUUUAUGCAACUGACCAGAAUAAGUACCUUGGCAGCACUGGACUCACCUCUGGGAUACAGAAAGGAGGCUAUCUUGCUACUACUCAGUAUUUACUGUGGUAUGUACAGCCAUCAACUUCAUGGGGAACUGGGUCAACUCUUAAGGUUUAUUUACCUUUCUCUAAUUCUGGAGUGCAAUUAACCCAAACUUUUAUAAAAUCUACUGCAGCAUAUUCUGAUUUGACUUUUGCUGAUAAUACUCAAGACCAAACACUUUUGACGACAAAUGGAAACACUGCAACGCCUACUUCUGGCUCUUCAGGAUCUAUCUCAAUUGCUUUUGCUUCAACUAAUGCUCCAGUUCCAGGAACUUCUCCAUACUUCGCUUUUUCAUAUGGAGAUCCAUCAGGUGGAAGCGACAGCAAAACAACUGCUCUCCCAUUCGUUCAAUCAAAUGUUGCUACUUUCUAUGAAUGCUGGGCAAAAGGCUUUUCGUCAAGCAGCUCAUCAACGGCUGUUGAAUUCUCCAGUUACGUUUUCUCAGUUUAUAAUUCUCAAUCAGAUUCUCUCUUGACAGCAACUCCAAUGUGCACAGACACAUUUGCUGGAAUUCCUCUUAUAGUUAACUAUCACGCUUUAAAUCUAGCUUUCAACUUUGGAGAUACCACAAAUCACUAUUCUCUUGACAUCUCAUUUUCUGGGGUUUCUAGCAAUAAUUUGGGCUCAGGUGUAACAGAUGGUAAUGCUUUUCCAGUGACUUCUACAUCCUCUUCAAUUACCCCAUCAGCCACUAUUACCUCAAAUAAAGUGACAAUAUCUGGGCUAGGAUCUGUUAGCAGCGGCAGCUCAGUUGUUUUAUUGCUACCAAAUGGAUUGCCGACUGGACCAAUAGCUGCAACCUUAACAUUUUACUAUGUUCCAGCUGGAUCAGAUCCUUCUAUACAAUAUGUUUUAUAUACUGGAUCAUCCUCAACCAGUUUAAACAGUGCUUCUUCUGCUGCUGGCUACGACAGCUCAUCAGUAACAAGCCCUACAUCUUAUACAGUUGGUGGUAGUGCAGCUACUACUACUGGAUCUGUCAAAGUGCAUACUGGAGCUUCAGUUAGUGCAUCAGAUUGGAUUGGAAUCGGCUUGCCUGCAGGCUUCACUCUGUCAUCAUCUGGCUACUCAGUGACAUUAGGAGGUGUAUCCUCAACAGCUUACACUGUUUCUUCAUCAAGCAACUCAUUUACAGGAGGAUUUAUAGUUGGAACUGCAGCAAGUGCUAUUACUCUUUCAACAUCCACAGCAUCAACUUUUACAAUUGGUAACUUGAUUCCUUCAUCAACAACAGGGACGACUUCAAAUUCAAAUUCAGUCAGCUUAGUUGUUUACUCAGCAUCUGCAGCAUCAACGCCAGCAGCAUGCUAUGCCAUAGGUAGCAUUUCAGUAACAUUAAGCGCAGCCACAAUUACAUCUGACACAUGCUCACUUGAUAAAGCAUACACUCAAGGCUCAGAUUCCGUAGAUUCUACCCUCACUCUUUCAUUCACAACAGUCAAUGCUAUUCCUGGAAAUGGCAUAAUAACACUUACUCUCUCUAGUAGCACAUGGACUACAAGUUCAUCAGCUGUAGCCACAACUUGUGAAGGAGUUGGCUUUACUAAUUAUUCUAAUUCUGUUUCUAAAAGUUGUACAAUCUCUGGAACAACUGUGACUUUGACAGGAUUUGCAUCAGUUGCAGCAGGAGUUAUUACUGUAAAAAUCUAUCAUAUAAUUCCUACUACUACCACUGCAGGAUCUAUAACUUGUUUUUCAGCUGUAAGCACAUCUGAUGGAAGUGGCAAUUAUAUAGACACCCUUGGCGUUGCAGCAAACUCUGUCACUUUAACAGCCACAUCAGCAGCUGGGACAACAAAUAGCGGACUAGUAGCGAAAGCAUAUCCUAAUAUAGCUGGAGCAACUUCUGACAUUUAUCUGAGUUUUUCUUUUUCUAAAGCAAUUCCAGCAGGCAGCAUUAUCCAAAUCAACCCAGGGUUUGUAAGCUCUUGGGCUUUAUCGUCAUCCACUAUUCAAAAUUCUUGCUGGACUGACCAAUACACUUCUUCAUGCUCUGUGUCUGGUAGCUAUGUAUCUUUGACAUUAGGAAAUUCCCUGGCUGCUAGUCAAGCAAUUCAAGUUUACCUUGAUAGUGCUUUAACUUUGCCUACUUCUAACUCUACUACAUCAGGAUGGACAAUUUCUACCACAUGGAAUGGUGUAUCAAUCACUGCAGAUUCCACAUCAGGUUCUACUGCAACUUUCCCAUUCGUUAUUGGGACUGCUGUUAGUAAUGUCAUUACACUGGCAUCUAUUGUCCAAGUUAAUACAACCUCUGCUGGAGAAGUUUCUUCAUAUCUUUUUACAUUUUCAUCAGCCUCAGCUGUAGCAACUACUGAUUCAUUUAUUAUCCAGUUCCCUAAAGACUUUGACCCUCAUGUAGGAGAUGCAAAGGCUGUUUUGAAUGAUUGCUCCCCUAAUAACUUUUACCUUACUUGUGGAUCUAGCGCACUGGGAAUUCCUAGUGGAACACUUUGCAGUGCUGAUCAUUGGUAUGUUGUCGUAACAGGAAUCACUAAGACAUUAGCCGCAUCUGCAAGCAUUGAUAUCCAAGUCAAUAUGGUCCAAAACCCAGUAGCAGGAACUACUGCUGGAAAAUUCAGCUUUUACCAAUAUGGAUCUGAUGGAUCUGUAAAGUCUUACCUCCAAUCAGCCAGCACUGUUACCAUUGGAAGCAACGUAGCAAAUAUUGUUUCACUUAAAAACGUUACUGUUGACUCCACAGAGCUAGCAAAUUCAGCUACCUAUACUUUUAACUUCUACGCAGCAGCUACAUACACCCCAGAUUACAUCAUUUCUAUCUUAUUCCCUCAACAAUUCAACAACCAAUUGAAAAUGGGUACUUCAUCUUCAUGCAAAUCAGUUUAUUAUGAUGAAUCCUCGUCAUCUACAAGCACUACUACCAGCACUGCUUUCAGCUCUGCAACAUCUUGCUCUGUCAAUGGAAACAACGUUACCCUUGCAUUCCCAUCAGGGACAAGCCUAGCAAUGGCAUCCACCUCAAGAAUCCAGGUCCAAUUGACUUCUUUCUAUAACCCUGAAUGGGGAUUCACCAGAACUGCUGGAUGGGAUGUGACUGACUAUGCUACAUUUACUGGGACAACUUCUCCUGACGAGUGGAGCAAUAAAUUUGAUAUUGCAGUCUCUCAAUUCAGCACAGGCAAAACAUAUGCUAGAAGCUAUGGAGUCCUUCACUCAGGUUUUAUUGGGUAUACACUGAGCACGACUGAUCUUAGCAUUGGCAAUUAUGAUCCAACUAAUACUUCAGGAGGUAUAAAAUUAUUGCCUGGACAACAAAGCUCAGAUAUCACUAUUUCCCUUCUCGACAGCAACAGCUGGCCUAUGAAAUCAAAAUCACUUAAGCUGUCUCCAACUUCAAACGCUAAUUACCCUGAUAAUGGAAACCUCAAAUACACUUCAGCUCAAUAUAGCUUCAUAGCCUUCCAAAUGGUUUCACAAAUUAAAUUCAGAGUAUCAGCAACAAGCAGUGCAGCUCAAGGAAUUUACUAUAUCGAUUGGGGAACACCUGUUGAAACAUUGCAAGAUGGAGUUUCUAGUCCUUUAUAUAGCGCCCCAUUGAACAUCUUGGUUGAAGUUUGCAGUUCUUUAACAGCUGUAUCUAUCACAGUGGAUCCUCUGCCAAGCAUCUACCAAUACUACACCAGUCUUCCAAUCAGAGUGGCUCUUGCAAACUCUCCAGCUACUCAAUUAAUAGUAACCCCUUCAGCUUCAGUCACUGGAUUUACAAUCACUCCGACUGCUCUUACAUUUGGUCCUGAUGUAAAUGAACUUUAUUUCCAAAUUCAUGUUGGCUCUACUUAUGUAGCCUCCACAACUUCUCCAUCUCUUACAUUUACCCUUUCAGGAACUGAUGCUGCUGCCUUUACAGCUCCAAGCAAGGUGACAGUUUCAGUUUUAACGACUUAUCCUUCUAUAGUCGCAGCUACUCCAGGACUAUCAGGGUCUAAAGUAAGCGCAUCAGAAUACAAGAUUAGUGUGACGACAUCAAUAGCCGGAGUUUUGUAUUGGGGUCUUGGAUGCCAAGGUUCUCAGGUUCUUACUUUUGCUGGACUCUCAGCUUUGGUUUCUGAUCUUGUAACCCCAUCCAGCAGCAUUCUAACCCUAAACGAGCAAUUAGCAAUUCAGUAUAAUCAUACAGAGACAGAUAUUAACACUUCUAAAGGGGAUACCGAUAUCUAUUCUUUCUUCAAAAGAAUCCAUGCUGAACAUUGCAAUGAUUAUUGGGCUUCUUCUCACUCCCCCCCCCCCCUCCGUGAGCGAACAAAAAAAAUUUUGUUCGCUCACGGAGGGGGGUUAAUUUUUUUUUUUAAAAAAAAUUUAUAUAUAAAUUUUAUAAAAAAUAUUUUUUUCGAAAUUUAAAAAAAAUCCUAAUUUGCAAAAAUUGGGAAGCAAAUAUUAAUUUAAUUUGCAAAAUUUAUGUUUUAAAACGCAAUUUGUUUAAAAUUAAACAGAAUUAGCUCUAGAUUUCAUUAUACUAAUUAUCAUUUAUAUAUCAAAAUUUUUUUUCCAUUAAAAUUUUUUUCUAUUAAAAAAAUUUUUGUUCACUCACGGAGGGUGGGUUUUUGGUCAAAAAAUGGCGAUUUUUCUAAUGGUUUUGUUCGCUCACGGAGGGGGGGGGGGGGGGAGUCAGGGUUAUUACGACUUCAGGUGCUACACUUGACUUCAACUGGCUUAUGGCUGGAACCAGCUAUACUUUUACAGCUUAUAUUGCUACAAGAUUGACCAAUGAUACUACGGUUUACCCUAUAAAGACUUAUAACUUUACCACAGAUGCUCUUGCUUCUAUCUACACAACAUCAGUCACUUUUUCAGGAUCUGUAGCUAGCAGCUCCAGCAGCAAUAUCGCCAAGGUUUUAGCUAAGAACAUGGGCGUGAAUCCUUCAUGGUUAACUUUAUCAGGGACAUCAUCUAGUAGAAUGCUCCAAAGCAGCACUACUAGCACUACGACAUUUACUUAUAAUGUUCUUGCUGAUAGCAGAUAUCCAUCCUACACAUCAUCAUCUAUGAUAACCAACCUCAAUACUAACCAAGCCCAGGCAACAUCAGACUUCACUAACUUAUACGCAUUGACCGCAACAAGCUUGGGGACAUCUGCAUCCGUCUCGACAGGAACAACUCCAUCAUGGUCAACUGCCCCAGCAAAAUCUACAGUCGCUGAUACAUCUGCAACUUUCACAGCAGCUUCUUCACAGGCAGGAACCAUCUAUGUGUCAUGCUCAGAUGACGAUUUGACAGGUCGCAUCACUUAUGCUUGGCAAGUUAUGGAUGGGCUAGAUGCUACAUCUUCUACAGUGCCAUCAUCAAGCGUUACAAGCGUUGCUGCUACUAGCGAAACUCUUACUUUUCCUUAAAGUUUUGAGCUAACUACAGUUAACUUUUUAAUUUUAGGAGAAUUUUUAUCUCCUUUGAAUUGAAACAAAAUUUUAUUUUUUCAUUUUUCAAUUGGCAAUAUUUUAAAGAUGAUAUAAUAAUUUCUAGAGCUUGGUCUCUAAUUUAAUAUAGAUUAAAUUUUAUCAAUUCAAAAAUUUGCAUUUAAUUAUAUUCUUAGUCUUAAAAUGUUUUUAAUUAUGAAAAUUUUUUCAAAAAAUAUAAAACGUCUUAUUGGGAAAGAGUUUUUAGCUUUAAUUAAAAGGAAAGGGAAUUACUGUCGCAGGUUUGAAAGCAGGCACUGCUUAUGUUUGCUAUUUUACUGCAUGCAAUAGUUAUCCAUUAAAUCCGCUUUGUAUUGAUUAUGUCGCAAGCACCUCUACUGCUCUGGCAAGCGUUUCAAUUACAACUACAGGAUCUUCAAGCAGCUCAAGCAAUGCAGUGUUUAUGGAAGUUAGCGCAGCGCUGACAUUCUUCUUAAUCUUACUUAACUAA